AUGAAAAUUCCCCUAACAGCACAUGGGAGGGAAGAUCGAAUGUACUGGAUUCAUGACAAGAAAGGUACUUACUCAGUCAGAAGUGGGUAUAAGCUAGUGAUGGCGGAUUCUUUCAAACACUCUCAUACUACUAUUGAGAGCUUUUGGAACAAAAUUUGGAGAUAUAAAAUUCUGGCGAAGGUUCGAAAUUUAAUUUGGAGGGCAUCGCUAAAUGUUCUUCCAACAACUGAUCAAUUAAGGGCUAAAAGAGUCGACGUUGAUAGCCAUUGCCCGGUUUGCUUAAUGCACGAAGAAUCUGUUCUCCAUGUUUUUGUCCCUUGUGAAUUCGCCGAAAAGGUUUGGGAGACAGUGGGAGUAGCGAGUUCACCCCUCUUGGCUGCUAAUUUCAAAGACUCGUUGACAGCUACCUUAAAGAAUCAUCAUCAAGACCAAGAGAUUAUCGCUAUGCUUUGUUGGGUUAUAUGGAUGAACCGAAAUGAAACUGUUUUGAAUACUAAGUCGUUUACAGUACUUAAGGUGGUAACUAUUGCCAAAAAUUUUCUCCAGCAAUGGCAAGAUGCUAACCAACCACCUUCAAAACCCGCGGCCAACUCCAACAGGCCGGAGCUUGUUAAGUGGAAACCACCUACUACGAGUUCCCUUAAAUUAAAUAUUGAUGCAGCCAUCUUUGAAGACCAAGGGAAGGCCGGGUUAGGCCUAGUGAUUCGAAAUGAUUAG